AUGGUUCUCUUGACGAUGACGCCCUUCAUUGUAGGGGCCAUCAGCAAGUUGAAGGACAUCGAGGCAGAAAUCCAGCCACAGUCGCAGGCCGCUCCUGAAGCCGAUCCAUCACUUCAGAGCCCGGCAAUCGGCAAGCCAAUCUCGCAUGGCCAAAUCAUCCAGCUGUGGAGGUUGUUGAAGGACUACGAUGCACGCAGCUAUACUUUGGAGAACCUCCUCUGGGGUGCGAGAGUCUAUGUUCCACCAGCUCCUGCAAAACCCGAGCCGUCGAACGAAUACAAAGCCUUGAUGGCCCGCCUUCGCCGCGAGGAAGAAGAGCGAAAAUACCAACGAAUGGUCUCACAGCCCUCCUCCCUCGAUGCGCCACCCAACUUGUCCCAGCAGUUCGCCGAAAUCAACCGUCCUGCAGGCAAGGCAGACCUAGGCGACGAUGACGUGACAAUGAACGAUGUGCACAGGCAGGUCAUGCUGGUGAUAAACUUCCUCGUAACCAUAUUCGGGUGCGCUGCGACUUUGUGGAUUGUGGCCAGGUGGUGGAGCACACCAGCGCGGUUGUUUUUGACCCUGGGAGGAACUCUGAUUGUAGCGAUUGCAGAAGUCGCUGUAUACUCAGGAUAUGUGUGGCAUAUAGGGCAAGCGAGGAAGAAGGAUGCCAAGAUCAAGGAGGUCAAGGAGAUCGUGGACACUUGGGUGGUAAGCAAAGACGCAGAGACUAAAGAAGUACCGUCAGAGAAGAAGAACCCAGCCAGCGCCAAGGAGGUCUUCCCAAGAUGCGUGGAUUACAUCAUCCGCUGCCUGCGCUCCUAUUCACGCGUCAACACGCUAAAGUGCGACGCGUCUCCUGAGCGCUGCAGACGCGUCCCGAACCCCGACUUUUCCUCCGGCCGGUUAUUUGCCGCCACGCACGUUCUCAAUUCGCAAUUCUACGGUUACCAUCAAAUACCCCGGACUCGGCGGUCACCGGUCAUGGCCAACGCGUCCCCAUCCUCUGCCUCAACGACAACAACACCCUCGUCCGCAUGGAGUCGCCUUGUCCAAAUCACGAGAACUGCAUCCGAGAGCUCUCGGGCCAGGUCGACUAAGAUUUCCUCCGACCAGCCCAACUCAACAUCAUCCUCUCAAACUCACCCUUCGUCCUCUGUGCGGCCGGCGAAGAGGCGUCGCCUGGCGGAAUCACCACAGCCGCGACCCGCGACCAAAUCUUUCGCACCUCUUUCUCCAGAGCCCAAUGGCACGCGGACCAUGGCACCCAGAAGAUCAACGGAACUGAUAUCGUGCCUUCCUAUCAGCGAGCACGAUUGCAUCACAGCUUGCCCGUGCAGAGUAGAGGAUGUUGACUGCGUCGCGUCGCAGCAGCCGAAAAACGAGACGGGCCCCGGUUCACCAUCUAUCAGUCCACACGUGCCCUCAAAUUCUGGUGAAUUUCGCGAUUCUGCACAGCGCGUCUCGAGUUCGGCGAGCUGUCAAGACCAGUUUGAGUCCACCAAGGACACGAUCUUGACGCACUUCGACGAGAAACACACGACUCAGACCGUGGUGCACGAAACUGGACCCAGCACUGGGGCAUCUACCUCCGGCCCAUGUGGUCUUUCAGGCCUUGGGACUGAUGUCACCGUUGAAAAGGUCGUAUCGAGUACAGAAUACCGAUCUACGGCCACUGAUUUGUCCAUCGCUGCGAUCGGCUUGCAAGAGGGCGACCAAAACACGGUGAACAAGACGCCAAGACUAAAGAGAGACUCUUCAUCCUCAACAAGUACGGAUGAGAGCAUCCAGCUGGUCACUCCCUCAUCAUCGCCCACGGCCAAGCAGGACGUCAAGACGGACGCUACACAGGCCGAGACACCGAAGCCACAUAAACCAGCCCCAGCCCCCAAGACGAAGCGACGGCUUACCCUCCAUAGCGGCAGCUAUGAUAAGCAGACCUCUCACAAGAAGCGCAAGGCACCGCCCAAGCGUAAAGAUGGGGUCCAAACGACGCUGAGCCUUUCGAUCGGCAGCAGUGCAGGGAUGAGGGAGUGCAAAUUGUGCGACACGGUGUACAAUCCAUUCCACCCGGAAGAUGUCAAGGUCCAUGCGAAGAGGCAUGCAGUUGUUCUGAAGACGGAGCGCAGGGCAGAGGAGAUUGCUGGGCUCACGGAGUCUUCCCUGGUAGAAUAG